AUGUCUCUUGAAUUACUACGAGGAGCAUGGGCUAAUAUUUCAUUAAUCCAUGUCUACAUAUUGUACUUAAUUGAAAAGCAUAUCUCAUUAUUUCAGAAGACUAAAAUCAAGUUCUUGUGCCCCCAAAAAAUUUCUGCAGUUGAAAUCAAGAAAGAUUUCCUUGAAGUCCAAAUGUAUUUGAAAAAUGCUUUUCUUACUGAAUUAAGGAAAAAUGAUGCACAAUGCAAAUUCAUUUUGGCUCCAUAUAUGGAAGCGAAUCAUUGGGUACUCUAUGUGAUUGAUUUGCAUAUGAGUCUUGUGUAUGAGUUUGAUUCUGUUAUUCAAUCACCUCCGAACGCUCGAAACUCAGAGUUGUCCAAAGUAAUGAAGAUACCUUACAAUGUAUACAGGUCACACCUUAAAGGAAAUGCUUUCAAAACGAGUAAGCCACAAUUACUAUACAUAAGAAUGGAGUGUGCUCAACAAUGUGGUGGUACCGAAUGUGCUUAUUAUGUGAUGAGAUAUAUGUAUGAGAUAGUAUCUUUCCAUAGCGAUUGCAAGGGUAAUUUGAAAGAGGAGUAUUUGGCAAGACUUGCAGCCUACAACGAUGUAGAAUUGGAUGAGAUUCGAGAACAAUGGGCUAAGUUUUUUAGGCUUAAUUUUUUGUUGAAACACUAG